CACUCGCGAGUCGUGACCGGAGACCAACCAAUCCAAUCCGUUCAGACCCUUCUAGAAGCUUCAGCACGCCGCUUUGGCUACCUCCUUUUUUUUUCCUUCCCCGUUUCGUCGCAGCAGCCGAAACCCUAGUUUUUUUUCCCUUCCUUCCACUCUCCGACGCGGCUCAGAGGGAGGGAGAGCUGAGAAGAGGUCGAGUAGGAGGAGGAGGGGAUGGAUCGGAUCGUUGGCAGCAAGUACAAGCUCGGCCGCAAGAUUGGGAGCGGCUCCUUCGGCGAGAUCUACCUCGCGACGCACGUCGACACCUACGAGAUCGUCGCCGUCAAGAUCGAAAGCAGCAAAACCAAUCAUCCGCAAUUGCUAUAUGAGGCCAAGCUGUACAAUGCUCUUCAGGGAGGGACUGGUAUUGCAAACAUAAAAUGGUGCGGCAUUGAUGGUGAUGAAAAUAUUCUUGUUAUUGAUUUGCUCGGACCAAGCCUUGAGGAUCUAUUUGUUUACUGUGGCCGGAGAUUCUCAUUGAAGACGGUCUUGAUGUUGGCAGAUCAAAUGAUUACAAGAAUAGAAUUUAUGCAUUCUAAAGGGUAUUUGCACAGAGACAUCAAGCCUGAUAACUUUCUUAUGGGCCUUGGUCGAAAGGCUAACCAGGUUUACGUCAUUGACUUUGGGCUCGCAAAGAGAUACCGUGACUCAACCACCAAUCGCCAUAUACCGUACAGAGAAAAUAAAAAUUUGACUGGCACAGCUCGCUAUGCUAGUCGCAACACUCAUCUCGGGAUUGAGCAAAGCCGUAGAGAUGAUUUGGAAUCCAUUGGAUAUGUUCUUCUCUAUUUCCUCAGGGGAAGUCUUCCUUGGCAGGGCUUGAAAGCAGCCACAAAGAAAAAAAAGUAUGACAAGAUAAGUGAGAAGAAGCUUUCAACACCGAUUGAGGCUUUAUGUAAAUCCCAUCCUGUGGAAUUCGCUUCCUAUUUUCACUAUUGCCACUCACUCACAUUUGAUCAACGACCAGAUUAUAGUUUCUUGAGACGGCUCUUUCGUGAUCUGUUUGACCGUGAAGGUUAUCAGUUUGAUUAUGUCUACGACUGGACAUUGUUGAAGUGUAAGCAAGCCCAGAAGGCAAAGGCUCAACAAGGAUGCUCUCAAGAUGCAGGUGUAAGUAACCGGACGGUUGCACCGAAUGGGGACAAGCACCAAGUUAGUGCUUCACGCCUGAUUGAAACUUCUGGUCGGCUUGAAGCAGAGCGACGCCCGGCCAUCAGAAUGCAAUUUAGAUCUAGCGCUGAUAACAGCCGUUCAAAUAAUCUGCAUCCUGAGAGACCGAGAGUGGGCGCUAGCCCUGAUAAUGUAGUUCUGCAAUCUGAUCGUGCUGAUGCUCAAAGGAACAACACAACAGUCUCAAAAACACAGGGGUUUAUUGAUCCCCGCUCUCGUGGAAGUAACAGCCCAGGGCCCUCUAACCGCAUUUAGGCUUUCGAUCAGUUAGUUCCUAAAUGCAUGCCGGUCCGUUCAGUAAACGAUCGGUUACUGGAUAUGGUUUCAUGGAAGAAUCGAGGACAAACUCAGAAUGCAUUUAUUUCUUGGUGCAUGAGGCCAUUCCUGAAAAGAGCUGUCGGGUUUUAAGCAGACGUCAAUAUUUCUUGAGAAAUGUCAGCAGACUAUUUUGUGUUCUACACGAGUGGAUGCAUUGUAAUACCUCAUCUGUAUGGGCUCAUUGAUUCAGGGUCCUUUGUCAAAUAAUAAUAGUGAUGCCAUAUUCCUUGCUUAAAGAGAACUUGGGGAUUAAGCAGAACAAAUGUUCGUUUUAAUUAGGGAUCAGCAGCAAUGGGACAAGUGCAUUAUACCCGACAUCCCACUGUGGGAAAGUGACUUGUUAUUCGAGUUGGAUCGGCUUCAGCUUCUAAUGUGUUUGACGUUAAAUCCCACCAGGCAAGGAUUAUGAAGAGCUACUUGGGCGUAUGUUUUAAUUUAGUGUGCAUCCGCAGAUGAUUAUUGUGACUGCUUCCACCAGUUUGCCUAUCUCCAAACAGAUACUUAAGAUUUCUUGUGAGAAUUGGCCAAGCGCAGUCAUCCCCAUUGUAUUUUCAACUUUCAAGAGCCAAAUGCUGCAGUUCAAGGCUUUGAGAUACAGGCUAUCACAAAUUCAAUCUGUUUGAGUGGAGGUAAGACGUCAUAUAUGCCAUCCACUAGCAGUGAAAUGGUUUAGUUGUGUUUGCUGGCCAACUGUGUGAUGGACAUCACAUGGCAGAAAUUGUGUAGAACUGAUGUUCUAUUCUUGGACCCUCCAUUCUAUUAUGCUUUUAAUCGUAGCUCUAAAUUAAAGCAGAUUUGGCUAUUGAUUUUAGUGGGGAGCUUGCUUUUGUAUGAAAUGGAGGGAAUGAAAGGGACUGCUUAUAACAUCCUGGAGAAGUCCUACCAUCUGUUGCUUUUUUUCAUCUGCUGUUUUGUUUUGUCAUUUUUUUAGCCAAUGCUACAGGUCAUCCGGCCUUAUGAUAAUAAUGUACUGUGGGCUGUACUUAAAUGCUUUUAGAGCUGAUCAUAUGCUUGAUGAUUGCUCGCACUUUA